ACACUAAAACUUUCACUCGUCUGCAAAUCAUCAUGAUUCAGCUUUGAUGACAUCAUCAGCAGCAUUGUAAAACGGAGAUCCUAGACAAAGGUGCGUUAGUUGUAUGUGGUUCUUCACUCGCCUCGGCUACAACGUGCUGCUAAUCUUAAAGAGGAGACACAGAAACAUAUCAGACAAAGAAAAAUGAGAGAGUGUAUAUCAAUCCAUGUUGGUCAGGCAGGCGUCCAAAUUGGCAAUGCAUGCUGGGAACUCUAUUGCUUGGAACACAACAUCCAGCCUAAUGGAACCAUGCAAGAUGAAAAGGCAAUUAUGUCGAGCGGGGACGAGUCAUACAACACAUUUUUCAACGAAACCAGCCAUGGAAAACAUGUACCAAGAGCUAUAUAUGUUGAUCUUGAACCAAGUGUUGUAGAUGAAGUGCGUACAGGUUCAUACAGAGAACUUUUCCACCCAGAACAAUUGAUUAGUGGCAAAGAAGAUGCUGCUAAUAAUUAUGCCAGGGGACACUAUACCGUCGGCAAAGAAAUUGUUGAUUUGGUGCUAGAUAAAAUACGAAAAAUGGCUGACAUGUGUACUGGAUUACAAGGUUUUUUAGUCUUCCAUAGUUUCGGUGGCGGUACCGGAAGUGGUUUCUCCUCCUUGUUGAUGGAACGCCUGUCUGUUGAUUAUGGAAAGAAAUCUAAGCUUGAGUUUGCUGUAUAUCCAGCUCCACAGAUUUCUACAGCCGUUGUAGAACCAUAUAACGCCAUUUUGACCACUCAUACAACAUUGGAACAUUCCGAUUGCGCAUUCAUGGUUGAUAACGAGGCAAUAUAUGACAUAUGCCGAAGAAAUCUUGAUAUAGAACGACCGUCCUAUACUAACCUCAACAGACUUAUUGGACAAAUAGUCUCCUCAAUUACUGCGUCUUUACGUUUUGAUGGUGCUCUCAAUGUUGACUUGACUGAAUUUCAGACCAAUUUAGUGCCUUAUCCACGUAUCCAUUUCCCAUUGGUUACCUAUGCACCAAUCAUAUCAGCUGAAAAGGCAUACCAUGAAGCUAUGUCGGUAUCAGAGAUAACUAAUGCCUGUUUCGAGCCAUGCAAUCAAAUGGUAAAAUGUGAUCCACGUCAUGGGAAAUAUAUGGCAUGUUGUAUGUUAUACCGUGGUGACGUCGUACCAAAAGACGUAAAUGCCGCCAUUGCUACAAUUAAAACCAAACGAUCAAUUCAGUUUGUAGACUGGUGCCCAACUGGUUUUAAAGUAGGAAUCAACUAUCAGCCACCGACCACUGUACCAGGUGGAGAUUUAGCUCAGGUACAAAGAGCCGUCUGUAUGUUGAGCAACACCACUGCCAUAGCCGAGGCGUGGGCGAGAUUGGACCACAAAUUUGACCUGAUGUAUGCAAAGAGAGCUUUUGUCCAUUGGUAUGUUGGUGAAGGAAUGGAGGAAGGUGAAUUCUCUGAAGCUAGAGAAGACAUGGCAGCUUUGGAGAAAGAUUAUGAAGAAGUUGGUGUCGAGUCCACCGAUGAAGGCGAAGAAGCAGAAGAAACAGAAGAAUAUUAAUUAUAGAAAACAAUUUCAUUACAGGGGAACAAAUAUUACACAAAAAAAAAAUCUGCUAUUUUAUGUCUUCCUAUUAUUUAAUUAAGUUUCAUAUGCAUUCAAAAUGCAAUAUUUUUACGUGUGCCUUUAUUGUAAAUAUUAAAUUGUGCCAAAUUCUUUAAUGCAUUCACUUUCUGCAUAUAUUAUUAAUUUAAGUAUUCUUUAAAUCAAAGUAAUGUCUGUGCCAAACUUAAUAUGACAAUAGAAUAACUAAAUGUACAAUGGAUAAUUUUACUGUGAACGGAAGCAUAAAUGAUGUUUAGAUCUUCUUUUUUCAAAAUAUUUGCACAUUCGUAACCGGCUAUAGGCGUCACAAUAAUUGAAUUAGGAAUUCAAGGUCCUAUAGUACAAUGCUAUUCCUACUAAAUAUUGAUAUUUUAUUAGGGUACAAUCCAAUAAAUUGCAGAGCUUAAUUAUAUUUUGGGGCUAAAAUAACGAUAAACACUAAAAACCUUUCGUGCAUGGAAAUUCCCCCUACUUGCUUCCUAAAACAUGUUGUGUCGACUGUGACCUCAAAGAAAACCUAUAAAAUUCAACAAUGGAACUAUAGGGAGUGGAUAAAUAUUGCAAUCAACAGGGUAAAGUGGUAGAAUCUUUUUCUGUUAUUAUUUGAUAAUGGAAAAAUGCCGCGUGCAAUGUUUCCGGACAGAUAUGGUGGUAAAAAUACACACGAGACAUAUCUAAUCAGCGUAGGGUUUAUCAAAAGUUAUCAAACUUGUCAGGAUUGGUUUAAAUUCAUACAGAAUUGAAAAAGUUUAAAGAUUUAAAUCUAAUGAUUAUGAUAAAUAAACACUUAAGUUAAUUUAAUUUUGACAUACCGUACACAUAUAUGACAAAAGUCUAUAAAGAUCCUUUAUGAUUUUCUGCUUUUCUUCAUGAGAAAAAAAUUAAGACAGCAAAUAAAUGAUAGAGACCACGGCUCCAUCUAUCCUUGCCAAAAUAAAAGAGAAAAAAUUAGGAAAAGGCUUUUUAUUUUGUCUCAUAUUAAGAAUCCGCACAAUUUACUGUACAGCACUAUCAUCUUAUAUAAACUCUGCUUUCCUAAAUUAUUUUGUUUGUUUUAUAAACUUUAACACGUAAGAAAAUCAGUUAUUACUCUGAACCAAUGACUGCUGUCGAUGUGUGGUGAGAAGAUGGUAGUUAUCGUUCUGUUUAAAAAAAAACUCAUCAAAGGGCUGAUUGUAAUGGAAGCUUGAUGGACGUACUCUACCCGUAGACAAAAUGAUAAUACAAAUAAAACUCGCUUGAUUUCAAAACAAUUUUAGAAAAAUAGCAUCGUUACCCACUUGAAAUUUUCUUUUGCUCAGUAAAGAACGGAUAAGAAAAUGGAGGGGAGAGAAGGGGCUUAGGAAAGUUUUAUUAAAAACAUUUCAUUCUAAGUAGCAAUGUUUCCAUGAAUUAUUUUAUCAAAAGUAACCUUAUUUGGUAGUGUAAUUUUAUGUGUGAAUGUGCUUUUAUAAAUAGAUUGUGUACAUGGUUGACCAAACGUAAUUGUAGAAUAAUUUAUUUUCUAUUUAUUUAUUUUUUAAGUUAUGAUAAUUAUGUAUAAUUUAUCUCAAACAUAUUAUAGUAUAUCACUAGAGUGUGUGUAAUAGUCUCAUUUUGAAUACGACAUACAUUUCACAACAUUUUACUUUGAGAGAAACAUGUUUGCAUUUGUAUUUUUAAUGGAUUAAAAAUUUAAAAGUA